AUGAGUCUUCAUAAUUAUUCAAUUUGUAAUUUGCCAGAUCAUGAUGAUGAAUACCUUAAUAUUGUGUGUAUAGAUGAGAAAUGUACUAAUCGACAAUUACUAUGUUGUAAUUGCAUAUAGGAGCAUUCAAAAUGCAAAUGUAUUCCAUUAAAGAGUUUCUUAAGAUAAUUUCAAAAUCAACUAAAUUAGACAAAUUUAGAUACUUCAAAAUUAAUAUACAAUGAGUACUUAAUUAUUUUAUUUUUGUAGUCUAAUUCUUCACUUUGAAUAAAUAGAAGCCACAUUAGAAUAGUCUCAAAAAUUAAUUAAUGAAAUAUUCAAUAAAACAAAAUCAGCUAUUCUUGAGUAUAAACAUCUGUUAUGAUUUAGUGCCAAGAGCUCAAUACAAUAAAUAAAUACUUCUGAUACCUUAAAAUAAAGUCAAAGUUUAAUCUUAAAAAAAUUUGAGUCAGAACCCUCCAAAGAAAAUUUUAGUAAGGUUCUUGCUGAAAUUGAGUUAUUCAAGCCUAAUUCUGAUAAGUACUCGUUUACAGUCAAGAAAAGUUCAACCCAAUUACUUCCUUAAUCAACUGAAAGUGCUGCAAAUGGGAAAAUUUAUGCAUAGCAAUAUUAAAGUUCAGCUAAUACAUUUACAGAAUAGUUUCUACAAUUACAUGAAGUUCUAAAGAAAAAUAUAACAAACUUUUUUAUUAAUGCUCCUACAAGAGUAACAGAAUAAGAGAUUGAUGGUAAACGUUUUGAUAGAUUCAAAUCUCAUAAUAUUUUUACUAAUGUCUCUCUUGGUAAUCAAUAAUAAUAAUUGUAAUAAUAACAAUAAUUGUAAUAAUAAUAAUAAUAAUAAUAAUAAUAAUAAUAAUAAUAAUAAUAAUAAUAAUAAUAAUAAUAAUAAUAAUAAGCUAAAACCAUAAUCUAGAUUGAAGAAGAUUAAGAUCCUUUUGAAACAAGUAAAGAAAUUAAAUCAAAUUAAAAAAAUAAAUAAAAUAAUUCUCUCCAUAUGGCGCCAGAAGGAGAGGGAACCACUUCUACCAAACCUAUUUAGCUCACGGGUAAAAAAGAUGCUGCUAAUACGGAAUUAUAGAAAAAACAUAAUAAUAAUGGUAUUGCACAAUAAAAGAAAUCCAAGUAAGAUUAAAUAAUUCAAAAAUAACCUGAAUUACCUCCUUAUAAAGGUAAUAAUUUAGAUAUAAACAACUAGCAAUAUCUUAAGAUGACAAUCUAGGUGAUGGUGAGACUAUUCUGAAUGUUUAAGAAUUGAAGGAAUUUUAAUUUAUGUCUGCAGGAUAGGAAAUUAAUAAAAUGAUAUAUUUAAAUUAAUAGAUGAUUGGAGGUAUAGGUGGAUCUAAGUUUAUGGUGUUCGAUGUUUCAUCUUAAGACUCAGAAAAGCCUUAAAGGAUUCACACAAUUUAAAUUGAUGCUGAAUAUACAGAUCUAGCUUAUUUAGAGUUGGACGAUCAGAAUGGAUAACUUUAUUUGGCAACCAAGAAAGGGAACAUAUAUACAUAUAUUAAAGAAGGAACUAAGAAUAUAACAUUUAGAUAAUCUUCAAGUUAGAUUCAUAUUUUAGAUAAGCCUGGAGUACUGUAUAUUUAGGUGAGUGUAGCAGAUAGAUUAUUAUAUAGUGUAGGGGAGGAGAAGAUAGUUAAGGUUUGGUCUUUGAAAACUAUGAGGGAGUUGAAAAGAUUGGAAGUUUAAGAUCUCCCAACUGCUUUUCACUUAGAUUAGAAGACUGCUUUCAUUGGAGGAAGCAAUUUCAUUUAAAUUUGGGAAUAAUCCACAGGAACUAUUAGUACAAUGAAAGGGUUGGAAUCUAAAGUGACUAAAAUAUUGACAAAUUAAUCUAAAAUGUUUGUGAGUAUGCUAGAAAAAAUAAAGGUUUAUAAAAAAAUUGGAAUGGGAGAGUAUUUACUAAAUCAUGAAUUACAUUUAAGAUAGAUUAUUACAAUGCAAGUACUGAGAACAUGGCCUAUGUUAGUAAUUUCAUAUAUUGAUGAUGUAUUAAUUAAAUUAUAAUUUAUUAGAAAUCAAUUGGAAGAGUAAGUUUAUACAAUUAUGUUGAUUUAUAGCCUCCAGAAAUGCUUAUGGAUAAAUAUGCAUAAAGCUGUGCAGUGAGAGAGUAUAAUAAAAUUAAUUAUUUGGCAUUUGGUCUGUAAACUGGAGUAUGUUUAAUAUAUAAGAUGGAAUAGAGAUUUUAAUAGUCACAAUGA